AUGACUGAACCGACAGCAAAGAAUGCGCCUUACCGGCCGCAAGAUCAUCUCCAGCCAUUCCCACCACUGUCACCAGAAACAUCCCAACCAUUGAAACCAUCAACCCUCUCCAAUCAAGAAGCCGAGCCGAACCAGAAUGGAACAGCCCACACCAACACCCAACCCCCCAAUGACUCAACCAACGACGAAACAAUCCCCCCUCUCCCAACCGUGAUUGCACGAAUCCACGCCCGCGUACAAGCCUUCCUAAAUGAAUCCCACGCCCCGGACACGUUGCUAGCCUCUGUGCAGCGACAAACGAGCAUCUCGCUAGAAGUAGUCAGUACCGCGCUGCAGCGAUACAAACUCUCGGAACUAUCCGUCUCCUAUAAUGGCGGCAAGGACUGUCUGGUCCUGCUAAUUCUGUUCCUGGCCGGUUUGCACCCAACCCGCGCCCACAAUGACUCACACCCCACCACCGCAAACGCAAAUGAUACAACCCCCUCCCCCGCAGACCUCGAAGCCGAGGCCCAAAUAGCCACUGCGACGGUCAUCCCGGCGAUCUAUGCGCUCCCGCCUGAUCCCUUCGAUGCAGUCGAAGACUUCGUCGUCUCUUCUGCUGAAGCUUAUCAUCUCGCUAUCACGAAGUACACGACUGCGCCACCGGAUUCGACGCUCCGAUCGAGUUUUGAGGAUUAUCUGACGCGUCACCCUGGGAUUCGCGCGAUAUUUGUUGGUACACGGCGGACGGAUCCUCACGGUGCGCAGCUAACGCACUUUGAUCGGACGGAUGGCGGCUGGCCAGAUUUUGUUCGUGUGCAUCCCGUGAUUGAUUGGCAUUAUGCGGAGAUUUGGGCGUUCAUUCGGCAUCUGGGUCUGAAGUAUUGUUCGCUCUAUGAUGAGGGAUAUACUAGUCUUGGUGGCACAUCUGAUACCCAUCCUAAUCCGAGAUUGCAGACUGGGGCUCAGGCUAAUGGACAGUAUCUUCCUGCUUAUCAGCUCACGGAGGACCUAGAGGAGAGACUUGGGCGCAAUUGA